UUUGUGAUUGUGCAUGAUUAUUUUCACAUACAGCAAAAUGUAUGGAGGAUGAUAUUUGGUGGAUGGAUGACGCAUUUUUGCUUAUAUCUCUUACUUUUGGGACAGCCGAAUUUAGCUAAUUUUUGUGGUUAUGCAUAACUUUUGUGAAUUGAAUCAAAUCUCAAUGAACCUUUGCAUGAAGAUGUAGCAAUACUUUAGUCAUAAUAUAAUAAAACUUUGGGCCUCAGGACAAAGCUAUUAAAAAAUAGCUGCAUUUUCUAAAAUCAUCUCUCCAUUUUGAGACAAAUUGUGUUUAUUCCUUACAACAGCUGAAGUUUCCACGUGUCCUUGGUGUAUGCCUAAUUUUAUUGAUUAGUUUGAGGCACUCCGGUGUUUAACGUGCAAAUCAGGAUUGAGUAGAAAAACCCUUGGGUUUCACUACUUUUAACGGCGUUGCAGGUGGAUGGUUUCUAAAGAGGUGUCCUUUGCGCCAUACAUUAUAUGCACUAGUUGCUAGUACCAACUGCUCAUCUUUAUCUUCGGAUAUUACCAAUUAAUAACCACAAAAACCGUCUUCAUUAGAUAUGGCAUCAUAUCAUCUUCAUUUACGGCACAAACUCCCUUGGCAUUUAUUCUCCCAGGACUACGUGAACAAAUGUCCUGUGGGGAUCGAACUUCCCAUCGGGGAAUGUAACAAGAUCCACUUGACGAGUAAGAAGGUCCAACUUCAGGUCAAGCAUCGACCUUACCUCUCAGAUCAGAUAUGCCCCUGUUCACCAGAUGCCUGUAAAUCCAUCGGCAAGACAGCAUUAUUCUACAAGGAGGUUCCCAACCCUGAAAAAAGUGGUCAUGAUUUAGGAUCCCAUCAGAAUACAGCCAACUUGACGAAGCGUUGGGACCAAUUUUUCACCGCAUUUUCCUCCACGAUUGUCGAAUUUGCUCACUCCCAGCGUGAAAAAGUGUCAUCUAGAGUUAUAAAAAGUGACAAGGAUCAACUCCUCGUCUGGAAGAGAAUCAUGGAACGAGAGAACCUUCCAGAAAAGCGUAUUUGUGCCAGAGAGGUGUGUGACGCUUUCACGGAUCUAAUUGAGGUCGGUGAUGUCGACAUACUUCUUGGUUUCUCGGAUGAGACGAUAAAGUUGGUAUUUGCUUGUCAGCAUGGUGGCCAAGCAGUGGGGAACAAUAUCCAGUUCUUACUCAAUUCUUUGUGGACUGUGUAUUUCUAUACAAAUCUCAUAAUGAUGUAUGGGCUGGAAAACCAGCCAGAAAAAUGGGGUCCAAUGACAUCCAGUAAACGCAACUUUAGAACGAGUGACUGUGACGGGCAAGGAUUUCUUAGUGGGAGUCGCAAAUUUCUAGGAGAGGAAGUUUACAUGAAGGAUUUGGUCGAAAUGAAAACCAUGUGCAAAAGUAUUUUCAGAUUCUUCUACUUGACCGAAAUGCUGUGGAGGGAGGUGUACAAGAGGUCGUACCCUUGGGAGAAUAUUGCAUACAUGUUAAAUUAUUAAAUUACUCUUGAUCUUUAAAAGUAUAAUAUGCCUUCAUUUUAUGAAAUUGAAUAUGCCAAUGAAAAUAUGAGUAAAGACUGUAAAAUAGUUAUUUUGUACUCUCUUUUUACUAAACUUAACCAAAUUCAACUACUACACUUAUAUCAUUUAUAAGAUAAGAAAGAUAACCUUAACAACAAAGAUGUAAAUAUAAUAAGCCUUGCGUGAUAUUCGGAAUAUAUUCAUGCAAUAUUAACCGAAAAAUGUAAAGACUUAAAUAAUUGAGAUUUGAACAAUUUUAUGAAAUAAAUCCAAGUUAGUAGAUUAGAGCUACAACAACAUUUGAAGCGGUUAUCAUAACAGGUAGGAGUUUGAUUGAGUUGAAUGAAUGUCUAAUAAAAAAAAUUUAGUAGCAAA